AUGUUUCAGUUUUAUGAGGAGGGUCCCUCUAAAACACAGUUUCUACGUCUAACUGAACAUCUUCCAGGAUAUGGGAUAGAAGAAUCAGCCAAAAUUCUUAAUCUGUUGGACCUCUUCAGUUUUCCUUUGUCUCAUAAUUAUUUUAGCAGUUCCGAUGUUGUAAUUAUGCAGCUUCUACUAAGAUGUUUAGGAAGAAAGGACCUGGAAGACAUGUGUAUUAAAUAUGCCACUGAGGAGAGCAAGGCUUUGUGUUACUAUGCAGAACGUAAAAAAACAGAAAAUGGAUGCACACAUGUGCAAUUUCACAUUUCUACAAAUAUUGAUAGCUAUCCCAGGGAAUAUGCAGAGGGAUUAAGGGAGACUGUUGCUGAACUAGUUGCGUGUCCUAAAGACAGUAUUAUAUUGGACGGAAUUCGCCGUUCAAGUAGCUUCAACUUAGUGUUUCAAAUGAAAAGGGAACACGCGUCAAAACUGAUACAUAUGCAGCCGCAAAAGUUAGCUGUACUUGGUAGAUACGCUGUGGACAAAAUAAUUGAUGGUCAGCAGACGAUUCCUAUAGACUCAAAUGAAACAUGUACAUAUGUGAAAGGGGAGCGGUUCACAAUUACUAUUUGCUACUGUGUGAAUAUAAGUAUGUUAGACAAGUAA